UCGCCGCGCCCCGCGCGCCCUCAUUGGCCCGCCGGGCGCCUCGCGCCCCGCCCCGCCGCUCCCCCAUUGGCCCGCUGCUUCCGUUGUGCCGUUGCCCUGGGAGACGCGGCGGUGGGCGGAGCCUGUGGUGCGGGAGCCGUUGGAGAGAGUGUGUGGGGAAGCUGCUAUGCGUGCCCGGAGCCGCACCGCCCCGCGGGGCAGGACGGGCCCCGGCCCGCCGCCCCCAGCGGAGGAGCAGAGCCGCGCCGCUGCCUCACCAUCACCGCCACCCCGCUGUGACUCCGAGGCCGUCGCCCCGGAGCCCCCAGGCCGGGAGGAAGAGGAGGCUGCACGGCCCCUUCUCCCGCCAGAGCAGGAGCCCGACGUGCACGCCUGUGUGCGGAGCCGCCUGGCGCUCAGCGGCCUGCGGGGCCACGCGUGGACAGCGGAACACGGCGCCGCCCUCGACCUCUUCCUGCGGGACGGCGCCACGCGGCUGCUGGUGGCCUACGUGGACGCGGGCGGCCUGCGCCUGCAGCACGCCGUGCCGCCCCAGGAGCCGGAGCAGCUGGCCUUCUUCAUCCGCCUGAGCGACGCCGCCAUCACCGCGGGCAACUUUGUGGCGACGGUGCAGUUCGGCACGGCGCGCCGGCCCUGCCUGGCGGCGCUGCUCCGCCUGCUGCAGGCGCUGCUGCUGCCCCGGCUGCUGCGCCGUGCCGCCGCCUGGCCCCCGGUGCUGCGCGGCGAGCUCCUCGCCGAGGCCUACCGCUUCAUGGCCGCGCUCACGGACGCCUGCUGCCGCCCGCGGGGCCGCACCGUGCUCUACGUGCCCGCCGAGGCCCUGGGCGCUGAGCCCGAGGCGGCCGCCGCCGACCGGGCCCUGCUGCAGCGCCUGGAGCCCUCGCUCAUCCAGUGGACGCGGCAGCUGAAGGAGGCGCUGCGGGCGCCCGAGGCGGUGGCGGAGGGCACGGGGCCGCUGGAGGAGCUGGGCCGCUGGCAGCAGCGUGCCGCCCGCCUCCAGGCCCUGCAGCGGCAGCUGGGGCGCCCCGGCGUGUGCCGCCUCCAGGCCCUGCUGGCCCGCGCUGCCUCCCCCUACCUGCUGCCCUUCCAGGAGCUCGCCCGGCAGCUCGAGGCGGGCGCGGAGGAGGCGCGCUCCAACGUGCGCUUCCUGGGGGUGCUGGAGGAGCCGCUGCGGGCGCUGGGGGCGCUGGGCCCCGCCGCCGCCCCCCCCCGCCUGCCCCCCCUGCUGCGCCUGGUCCGCGUCCUCUGGCUGCACGCGCCCCACUACGGCUCGCGCCAGCGCGUCACCGCCCUGCUGCGCAAGGUGAGCGCCGAGCUGCUCCGCCUGUGCUGCCGCCACGUGGCCCCCGAGCGCCUCUUCGACGGCUACGUGGCCUCCAGCCGCCGCUGCCUGCGCGACUGCCUGCGCUGCCUGCGCGCCUGGAAGGAGAGCUACCUGCGCGCCGCCCGCCUCCACAACAGGCUCUCGGCGCAGGGCUGGGUGCUCGACCAGACCAGCAUCUUCGCCCAGGCAGACGCCUUCGCCCAGCGCUGCAGGGACCUGCUGGAGGUGUGCGACUGCCAGGAGCAGUUUGGGCGCUGGGAGGAGGGGCGGCAGGGCGCGGCCCCCCGCUUCGCCGGCCGCCGGGGCCCGCAGCUGGCGCGCAGCCUGGCCGAGCUGGAGGCCGCCUUCGCCAGGCAGCUGGGCGCCCUGCGCGCCGCCUCCGCCGCCCGCGCCCUCGACAUCCGCAGCCCCCGCUGGCACGACGACUUCAGCCGCUUCCGCGCCGGCGUCAAGGAGCUGGAGGUGAUGGCGCAGAACCUGCUGGCGGCGGCGCUGGAGCCGGUGCGGGCGGCGGAGCAGGGCGUGCGGGUGCAGGACGCCUUCCAGGCCCUGGCGGCGCGCGAGGCGGUGCGGCGGGCCUUCGACAGGGCCACGGCCCGCGUCUACUCGCUGUUCGACGCCGAGCUGGGGCUGGUGGCCGCGGAGCUGAGCCGGGGGCCGCCCCCGCCCCCGCCCUGGAGCUGCCGCCUCUCGGGCCAGGCCCACUGGCUGGAGGCCCUGCGCCGCCGCCUCGCCCGCCCCGCCGAGUGCCUGGCGGCGGCGCCCUUCCUGCGGGAGGCGGGGGCCGGGGCGGCGAGCCGGGGGGCCCACGGGCGCCUGGCGCAGGCGCUGGCCGAGCUGCAGCACCGCAGCUUCCGCGCCUGGGGCCGGGCGCUGCACCGCCGCUGCCUGCCGCCCCCGGAGCUGCCGCUGCUGGCCCCCGCCGCCCCCCAGCCCCGCCUGCUGCGCCCCAACCUCGACACGGCGCUGCUGACGCUCUUGGCGGAGGCGCGCGGCUGGGAGCGGCUGCUCUUCGAGACGCCGCGCUGCGCGGCCGAGGCGUGCCGGCGGCGCGAGCCCCUGCGGGCCCUGCGCGAGAGCCUGCUGCUGCUGGCGCGCGACUACAACAGGCUGGUGGGCGAGCUGUCGGCGGAGGAGCGGGCGCUGCUGGCCGAGCGCCUGCGCGGCCUCGACGCCAGGAUCCGCCCGGGGCUGCGCACGCUGCUCUGGUCCCACGCGGGCCCCGCCACCGCCGCCUUCGUCAGCGACUGCCGCCUCCACGUCGCCAAGGUGCAGGCGCUGGUGCGGCAGCUGCGGGCGGCCACGGCGGCGGUGGCGCGGCGGGCGCAGCGCAUGAGCGAGACGCCGCUGCUGCAGCUGCCGCCCGGGCGCCUCUACGAGGGCCCGGCCUUCGCCGAGGAGCAGCGGCGGCACCGCGCCCGCGCCCGCCACGGCCUCGCCGCCCUGCACGCCGAGGCGGCCGACGUCCUGCGCCGCGUGCGCCACGCCUUCCGCCGCGACGGCCCCGAGGUGCAGCGGCAGUGGUGGGGCUACGCGGCGCGGCUGGACGCCAUGGUGGAGGAGGCGCUGCGCCUCAACGCCCGCCGCUCGCUGCAGCAGCUGGCGCGCGCCCUCGCCGGCGACGGCGGCGGCCCCCCCGCGCCCCUGCUCCGCGUGCGGCUGCUGCUGGCCGAGGGCGGGGCCGAGGCGCCCCCCCAGGUGGCCUUCGCCCCCAGCCUGGCCGAGGUGGCCGCCAUGGUGAACGACGUCCCCGGGCAGCUGGUGCGCUGCCUCGCCGCCCUCCCCCGCCUGCCCCAGCUGCUGGGCCAGCCGCCGCCGCCGCCCCCGCCCCUCUCCCAGCUCCUGGAGUGUGACGAGGAGGUGGCCAAGCUGCGGGCGCAGAUCAGCGCUGCCGUGGCGGCCAACGCCUCGGCGCUGCGCGGCUACCUGAAGACGUGGGACGGCUACCGGGAGAUCUGGGAGGUGGACAAGGAGGCCUUCAUCAGCCGCUACCGCCACCUCGACCCCCUCGUGUCCUCCUUCGACGCCGACAUCGCCCGGUACAUGGAGGUGGCGAACAACGCGCAGAAGGAGGCGGCGGCGGCGGCGGCGGGCUUCGUGCUGCUGGACUGCGGGGCGCUGCAGGGCGCCGUGGUGCGCCACUGCGCCGAGUGGCAGCGCCGCCUCGCCGGGCUGCUGCGCGACAUGGCCGCCGGCCGCCUCCGCGGCCUCCACGCCUACCUGCGCCACGGCGCCCAGGCCGUGCGGCGCCCGCCGGAGACGCUGGAGGAGCUGGGGGCGGCGCGGGGGCGGCUGGAGGCGCUGCGGGGGGAGGUGCCGGCGCUGCGGGCCCGCGCCCCCCCCCUGCACCAGCAGUUCGCCGUGCUGCGCAAGUACGAGGUGCCCGUGGGCGACGAGGAGCUGCGGCUGCUGGGCGCGCUGGAGGGCGAGCAGGCGGCCCUGGAGCGGGCGCUGGGCGAGGGCGAGGCGCUGCUGCAGCGGCAGGGCGAGCGGUUCCGCGCGGGGCUGGCGCAGCAGGCGCAGCAGCUGCAGGAGAAGGCGCGGGGGCUGCUGCGGGACUUCGCCGCCACCGGCCCCUUCGCCAGCAGCACGGGCCCCUCAGCGGCACUGCAGCAGGUCGCGGCGGCGCGGCGGGCGCUGGCGGCGGCGCGGGCGGAGGAGAGCGCCCUGCGCAGCGGCCUGGGCGUCUUCAGGGUGGAGCAGCCGCCCGCCAAGGAGCUGCAGCGCCUCGAGAAGGAGCUGGACCUGCUGCAGGAGGCCUGGGAGGUGGCGGCCGAGUGGGAGGCGGCCUGGGCCCGCUGGCGGGGCGGCCCCCUGCGCGCCCUGCGCCCCGACGCCAUGGAGGCGGCCGCCGCCCAGCUGGGGCGCCGGCUGCAGCGCCUCGGCCGCGAGCUCGAGGGCCGCCGCUGGGACGUGGUGGAGACGACGGCGGCGCUGGUGGACGACUUCCGGCGGACGGUGCCGCUCGUGGGCGCCCUGCAGAGCCCGGCCCUGCGCCAGAGGCACUGGGCGGAGGUGGGAGCGCUGCUGCAGCGGCCGCUGGAGCCGGAGGCCGUGCGCCUGGAGACGCUGCUGGAGCUGGGGCUGCACCGCCACGCCGCCGCCAUCACCGCCCUGGCCGCCACCGCCGCCCGCGAGCUCGCCCUCGAGCAGGCGCUGCAGGAGCUGGAGCGGACGUGGGAGAGCACCACGCUGGACAUCGCGCCCUACAAGGACCAGGGCCACCUGCAGCUGCGGGGCGGGGAGCAGCUGCUGCGGGCGCUGGAGGAGCAGCAGGGCGCCCUGGGGGCCCUGGGGGCCUCGCGGCACGCCGGGCCCUUCGCCGCCGCGCUGCAGCGCUGGGAGCGCGCCCUGGCCCGCCUGCGCCACGCCGCCGAGGCCGCCCUCGCCGCCCAGCGCCAAUGGAUGCAGCUGCAGAACAUCUUCGAGGCGGAGGACGCCCGCGAGCUGCUGCCGGAGGAGUGGGCCGCCUUCGCCCGCGUCGACGCCGCCUGGAAGGGCCUCCUGCAGCGCCUGAGCGCCCAGCCCAACGCCCUGCGGGCGACGCGACGCCCCGGGCUGCUGGAGGAGCUGCGGGAGCUGAGCGGGGCCAUGGAGCGGGUGCGGCGGGGGCUGGAGGCCCUGGUGGAGCGCCGGCGCCUCGCCUGCCCCCGCCUCUGCUUCGUGGGCACCGAGGAGCUGCUGGCGGCGCUGGGCCGGGCCCCCGCCCCCCCCGCGCCCCCCGCGCCCCCCGCGCCCCCCGCCCUGCAGGCGCUGCUGCCCAAGUGCUUCGAGGGCCUCCGCUGCCUCCGCCUCCGCCAGGUGGGGCCGGGGGGCCGGGCGGAGGCGACGGGCAUGGUGGCGCCGGACGGCGAGCACGUGGAGUUCAGCCGCCCCGUGGCGCUGGAGGGGCCGCCGGAGGAGCAGCUGUGCCGGGUGGAGGGCGCCAUGCGGGCCACGCUGCGGGAGCUGCUGCGCGCCUGCCUGCUCGCCCUGCGCCGGGCCCCCCCCGGCCGCCGCCUCCAGUGGGCCGGCGACUGGCCCGGCCAGCUGGUGAUCGUGGCCAGCCAGAUGCAGUGGACGGCGGAGGUGUCGCGCAGCCUGGCGCAGAGCAGGGAGCGGGGCGACCGCCGCCUCCUCAGGGCCGCCCGCAAGAAGCAGGCGGCGGUGCUGGGCGGCUACGUGGAGGCUCUGCGCGGCGGCGUGCCGGCGGGGCGGCGGCAGCGCCUGGCGGCACUGGCCACGGCGGAGGCCCACGCGCGCGACGUGGCCGAGCGGCUCUGCCGCAGCGGCGCCGACGUCCCCGACGCCGCCGCCUUCGAGUGGCUCGGCCAGCUGCGCUUCUAUUGGGACAAGGAGGCGGAGGAGUGCGUGGCGCGGCAGACCUGCGCCCAGCUGCCCUACGGCUACGAGUACCUGGGCAACCCGGGGCGCCUGGUGGUGACGCCGCUCACCGAGAGGUGCUUCCUGGCGCUGACGCUGGCGCUGCACCUGGGCCACGGCGCCGCCCCCAGCGGCCCCCCCGGCGCCGGCAAGACGGAGACGGUGCGGGAGCUGGGCCGGGCGCUGGGCACCCGCGUGCUGGUGCUGGACUGCGCCGCGGGGCCCCGCGCCGCCACCCUCGGGCGCCUCUUCGCCGGCCUGGCGCAGACGGGCGCCUGGGGCUGCCUGGAGGCGCUGGGACGCCUGGGCCCCGCGGCCCUCUCGCUGGCGGCCCAGCAGCUGGGGGCCCUGCUGGCCGCCCUGGCCGCCCGCGCCGCCACCGUGGCCCUGGGGGGCCGCGCCCUGGCCCUGCGCCCCUCCUGCGGCCUCUUCGUCACCGCCGGCCCCGAGGGGGGGGCCGCGGCGGAGCUGCCCCCCGGGCUGCUGGAGGCGCUGCGCCCCGUGGCCAUGGCGGCGCCCGACGUGGCCCUCGUGGCCGAGGUGCUGCUGCUCACCGAGGGCUUCGACGACUGCAAGGUGCCGGCACCCCGCGGACCCCCCCGGCGCCCCCCCUCCUCUCCCAUCCCCCCCGCGUGCUCCCCCGUGUACCCUGGGUGCUCCCUGGGGCUCCCCCUUUCCUCUCCCGUCCCCCCCCCGGGUGCUGCUGGUCCCCCUGGCUGGGCAUCUCUCCCCCCGGGUGCUGUUCUGCCUCCCCUGGGUGCUCUCCCACCCCCCCGGGGGCUCCCCCAUCUCCUCUGGGCGCUCACGGUUCCCCUUGGGUGCUCCCCCGUGCCCUGCCGGUGCUCGCGGUCCCUCGUGGGUGCUCGUGCUCCCCUUCGGGUGCCCCCCUGUGCCCCUCGGGUGCUCAUGGUCCCUCGUAGGUGCUCACGCUCCCCUUUGGGUGCCCACUCAUGCCCCUCGGGUGCUCGCGGUCCCUCGUGGGUGCUCGUGCUCCCCUUCGGGUGCCCCCCUGUGCCGCUCGGGUGCUCAUGGGUGCCCCCCAUGCCCCUCUGGGUGCUCGUGGGCCCUCGUGGGCCCUCCCUGUGGCCCAUGGGUGCUCGUGGUCCCUCUUGGGUGCCCCCCGUGCCCCUGUGGGUGCUCAUGGUGCCUUGUGGGUCGUUGCUGUGGCCCAUGGGUGCUCGUGGUCCCUCUUGGGUGCCUCCCGUGCCCCUGUGGGUGCUCGUGGGCCCUCGUGGGCCCUCCCUGUGGCCCAUGGGUGCUCGUGGUCCCUCUUGGGUGCCUCCCGUGCCCCUGUGGGUGCUCGUGGGCCCUCCCUGUGGCCCAUGGGUGCUCGUGGGCCCUCUUGGGUGCCUCCCGUGCCCCUGUGGGUGCUCGUGGGCCCUCCCUGUGGCCCAUGGGUGCUCGUGGGCCCUCUUGGGUGCCUCCCGUGCCCCUGUGGGUGCUCACAGCGCCUCGUGGGUGCCCCACAGGUGCCGUCGGUGCCAGGGAGCACCCACAGGUGCUGACAGGCCCCGGGGCAGGCGCUGUGCGCCCCAUGGGUGCUCACAGGGUCUUGGGACACCCCCUCGGGUGCUGAUGGGUGCUGGGGGGCCCCCGCGGGUGCUGACGGCCCCCGGCGCGGGCGCUGGGGCGGCGGGUGCAGGCGCUCCCCCGGCGCAGGCGCUGGGGCGGCGGGUGCAGGCGCUGUGCGCCCUGGCGCCGCCGCAGCUCUCGCCGCAGCCGCACUACGAGGCCGCCUUCGGGCUGCGCGCCCUGCGGCCGCUGCUGCGCCGCGCCGGAGCCGCCCGCCGCCGCCACCCCCAGCGCCCCCAGCACGAGGUGCUGCUGGAGGCGGUGGUGGCCACGCUGGAGCCGGCGCUGGCACCCGAGGACCUGGCGCCCUUCCGGGCGCUGCUGGGCGACCUCUUCCCGGGCGCCCAGCCCCCCCCGGGCCACCCCCACCCCCACGACGACGACAACGACCACGACGAGGACGAGGACGAGGACGACGAGGGCAGCCAGGUGGGCGCCGCCCCCUGCCUGCAUGGCCCCGCCCCCUGGAGCCGCGCCCUGCCCCCUGGAGCCAGGCUCUGCCCCAGCACUGCUGGUCCCCGCCACUGCCCAGCUGUCCCUGCCCGGCCCCGCCCCCUGCCUGCCUGGCCCCGCCUCCUUUACCCUGGUCCUGCCCCUCCUGCCCGGCCCCACCCCCACAACCACACCACGCCCCCCAGCAGCCUGGCUCCACCCCCUUGCAGCCUGGCUCCGCCCCCCACAGCCCAGCUCCCCCGCCCCCACAGCGUGACUCUGCCUCCUGCAGCCCAGCUCACCCCCCCUCCCCAGCAUCCUGGCCCCGCCCCUCCUGCCAGGCCCCGCCCCUCCUGCCAGGCCCCUCCCCCUGCCAGCCCCUCCCCCUGCCAGGCCCCGCCCCUCCUGCCAGGCCCCACCCCUUGCCACCUCCCACCCCCUGCUGGCCCUGCCUCUGGCAGCCCCACCCCUGCAAGCCCCACCCCCUGCCAGGCCCCGCCCCUCCUGCCAGCCUCUGCUCCCUGCCAGCCCCACCCCCUCAGCCCCACCCCCACCCCUGCAAGCCCCGCCCCCUGCCAGGCCCCUCCCCCUGCCAGCCCCACCCCCGCCAGGCCCCUCCCCUCCUGCCAGCCCCUGCCCUCUGCCAGCCCCACCCCACCCCCUCAGCCCCGCCCUCGCCAGCCCCGCCCUCGCCAGCCCCGCCCCCUCUGGCCCCGCCCCCUCUGGCCCCGCCUCACCGAGGUGCGGGGGCAGGUGGCGGCGGCGGGGGCGGCGGCGCUGGCGGGGGCGGGGCGGCGGGCGCGGCGCCUGUGGGAGGCACUGGGCAGCGGGCGGCCCGCGGCCUUGGUGGGCCCCGCCGGCGGCGGCAAGAGCCUCACGUGGGGCGCCCUGCGCGACGGCCUGCGCGCCCUGGCCCUCGCCCGCCGGCCCCCGGGGCGCCUCGUCCGGGGAUGUGGGGCCAUGGGGACACGGGGAUGUGGGGACAUAGGGACAUGGGGACAUGGGGACAGAGAAAUGUGGGAAUACAGGGACGCGGUGAUGUGGGCGCAUGGACACAGGGACAUGGGGACACGGGGAUUUAGGGACACAGGGACACGGGGUUAUGGGGACAAGGGGACAGAGGAACAUGGGGACGUGAGGACGGGGGGACGCAGGGACCCCAGCCGGGGCCUGGCCGCCCCCCCGGCGGCGCCUGACACCGUCCCCGUCCCCGUCCCCGUCCCCACGGCGCAGGACGUCCACCUGAACCCGAAGGCGCUGACGCCGGGCGAGCUGUUCGGCGAGGUCGACCCCGACACGGGCGCCUGGGCCGACGGGGUGCUCGCGGGGCUGCUGCGCGCCGCCUGCGCCGAGGAGGGGCCCGAGGCCACGUGGCUCGUGCUGGACGGCCCCGCCGACCCGCUGUGGAUGGAGGCGCUGGGCUCGGCGCUGGACGACUGCCGCGUGCUGACGCUGGGCAGCGGCGAGCGCAUCGCCCUCCCCGAGCAGGUCUCGCUGCUGCUCGAGGUGGAGGACCUGGGCGCCGCCUCGCCCGCCGCCGUCUCCCGCUGCGCCGUGCUCUACGUGGACCGCGCGGCCCGCGGCUGGCGGCCCUGCGUGCGCGCCUGGCUCGACGGCCGCCCCCAGGACGAGGCGGAAACGCUGCGGCGCCUCUUCGACAAGUUCCUGGAGCCGCUGCUGGCCUUCAAGGCGGCCAACUGCCACGAGCCGGUGCCCCUGGGCGAGCCGGGCGCCGUCGCCUCCCUCUGCCGCCUCCUCGGCGCCCUGGCCACGCCCGAGAACGGGGCGGGGGCCGGCGGCAGCGACCCGGCGCUGCUGGAGCUGCUCUUCCUCUUCAGCCUGGUGUGGGCCGUGGGCGGUGCCGUGGACGGGGCCGGCCGCCGCCGCCUCGACGCCUGGUUCCGCGAGAUGGACGCCUGCUUCCCCAGCAAGGGCACCGUCUACGACUACUGCGUGGACGCCGGCAGGAAGGCCUGGGUCUCCUUCGAGGAGCUGCUGCCCGCCGCGUGGCGCUACCCGCCCGACGUCCCCUUCUCGGAGCUGCUGCCGCCCACGGCGGAGGCGGCGCGCUGGGGGCUGCUGGGGCGGGCGCUGCUGGCCGCCGGCAGCCCCCUGCUCCUGGCCGCCCCCCCCGGCGCCGGCAAGACCGCCCUGGCCCGCGGCCUGCUGCGGGGCCUCGACGCUGCCCGCUGGGCCCUGCUGCCCCUCGGCCUCUCCGCGCAGACGACGGCGGCGGGGCUGCGCGGGGCCCUGCGCGGGCGGCUGGAGCGGCGCGGCGGGGGCCUCUACGCGCCGGCGGGCGGGCGCCGCCUCGCCGCCUUCCUCGACGACCUGGACGUGCCGGCGCCCGACGCCGCCGGCGCCCGGCCGCCCCUGGAGCUGCUGCGCCUCUGCCUGGAGCGCGGCUGCUGGUUCCAGCGCGGCUGCCCGCCCCGGCGCCGCCUCCAGGACACCACGGUGCUGGCGGCCAUGACCCCCCCGGGGGGCGGCCGCAGGCCCCUCCCGCCCCGGCUCCAGCGGCACUUCAACGUCAUCUACAUGGACCCCCCCCCGGUGGGCCGCGUCUUCGGGCCGCUGCUGAGCCAGAAGCUGCAGGAGUUCGAGGGGGCCGUGAAGGCGCUGGGGGCCGCGGUGACGGAGGCGACGGCGGAGCUGCUGCGCGCCGUGACCCUGCGCUUCCCCCCCGUCCCCGCCAAGAGCCACUACCAGUUCAGCCUGCGCGACGCCGCCAAGGUCUUCCAGGGCCUGCUGCGGGCGCACAAGGACGUCCACGACACCAAGAGCAGCUUCAUCCGCCUCUGGGUCCACGAGUGCUUCAGGGUGUUCUCGGACCGGCUGGUGGAGGCGGGUGACACCGAGGCCUUUGCGGGGCUGCUGGGCGAGAAGCUGGGCGCCUUCUUCGACCUGCCCCUGCACCGCCUCUGCCCCGAGCGGCAGCCCCCCCUUUUCGGGGACUUCCUGGGCCCGCGGCGGGUGUACGAGGACCUGGGCGACGCCGGGGCGCUGCGGGCCGAGCUGGAGCGGGUGCUGGGCGAGCACGACGGCACCCCCGGCGCCCCCCCCCUCGACCUGGUGCUCUUCCGCGAGGCCAUCGAGCACGCGACACGCGUGGCCCGCGUGGCGGGGCAGCCGGGGGGCCACGUGCUGCUGCUGGGGCCGGCGGGAAGUGGACGCCGCAGCCUGGCCCGCCUGGGCGCCCGCCUCUGCCGCCUGCCCCUGGCCCCGCCCCCCGCCGCCCCCCGCCUCUGCCAGCACCUGCGGGAGCUGGUGGUGGAGGUGGGGGCCGGGGGGGGCCCCGUGGCCCUGCUGCUGGCCGACGAGCAGCUGCGGCCCGAGGUGCUGGAGGCCCUGCAGGGGCUGCUGGCCUGGGGGGAGGCGCCCGGCCUCUGCGCGCCCCCCCACUGGGAGCAGAUGCGGGCGCAGCUGGAGGCGGCGGCGCGGGCGGCGGGCGUCGCGGCGAGCCCCGAGGACGGGCUGCGCGCCUUGGCGGCACGGCGGGCGCGCCGGGACCUGCGGGUGCUGCUGUGCCUGAGCCCCGCCGGCGAGGCCUUCCGCGCCCGCACGCGGCAGUUCCCGGCGCUGCUGGCCUGCACCACCCUCGACUGGGUGGGCGCCUGGCCCCGCCCCGCCCUGCUCGAGGUGGCCCACAGGGCCCUGGAGGGGCUGCAGCUGGGCCCCGAGACCCAGGCGGUGGCGGAGGCGCUGGCGUCGGUGCACGAGGCGGCGGCCGCCCGGGCGCAGCGGGCGCUGGCUGAGACGGGGCUCCCCGGCUACGUGCGGCCCCGCAGCUACCUCGACCUGGUGGGCGCCUACGGCAGGCUGCUGGGGGAGAAGCGGGCGGCGCUGGGGCAGGCGGCGGGGCGGCUGCGGCGGGGGCUGGCGCGGCUGGAGGAGACGCGGGCGCGGGCGGAGGCCAUGGCGCUGGAGCUGGCGCAGGCCCGGCGCGGUGCCGACCGCUGCCAGCGCCACUGCGACGACUACCUGGCCGCCAUCGCGCGCGACAGGGCCCAGGCCGACGAGCAGCAGAAGGCGGUGGCAGCCAACAGCGAGAAGAUCGGGGCGGAGGAGCUGCGGUGCCGGGCGCUGGCCGAGGAGGCCCAGCGCGACCUCGACGAGGCCAUGCCCGCCCUCGAGGAGGCCAUGCGGGCGCUGGAGUCGCUGAACAAGAAGGACCUGACGGAGAUCAAGUCGUACGGGCGCCCGCCGGGGCUGGUGGAGACGGUGCUGCAGGCCGUCAUGAUCCUGCGCGGCAGCGAGCCCACCUGGGCCGAGGCCAAGCGCCAGCUCGGGGAGCCGAACUUCAUCAAGCAGCUGCUGCACCUGGACCGGGACCACAUCCCCGAGCGGGUGCUGCGGCGCGUCGGCGCCUACUGCGCCCAGCCCGACUUCCAGCCCGAGGUGGUGGGGCGGGUGGCGCGCGCCGCCUGCUCCCUCUGCAUGUGGGUGCGCGCCGUCGAGACGUACGGGCGCGUGCACCGGGUGGUGGAGCCCAAGCGGAUCCGCCUGGCGGCUGCCAGGGCGCAGCUGGCCGAGAAGCAGGCGGCCCAGGCCGAGGCGCAGGAGAAGCUGCGCGAGGUGGCGGAGCGCCUGGCGCGGCUGACGCGGGAGUACGAGGAGAAGGUGGCGCAGAAGGAGGAGCUGGGCCGGCGGGCGCAGGACACCGGGGCCCGGCUGCAGCGGGCCCAGCAGCUCGGGGAGGGGCUGGCGGGCGAGCGGGGCCGCUGGCAGCGCUCCGUCCAGGGCCUGGACGAGGCGCUGGCCUCGGUGGCGGGUGACUGCGUGCUGGCGGCCGCCGGCCUGGCCUACCUGGGCCCCUUCGCCGCCCCCGAGCGCCACGAGCUGCUGGCCUGCGCCUGGGAGCCCCAGGUGCGGGGGCGGGGGCUGCUCUGCACCCCCCAGUUCUCGCUGGCCGCCUUCCUGGCGCCGCCCGGGGCCGUGCGGGACUGGACCCUGCGGGGGCUCCCCAGCGACCCCUUCGCCACCGCCAGCGGCGUCAUCGUCACCCGCAGCCAGCGGUGGCCCCUGAUGAUCGACCCCCAGGGCCAGGCCUGCAAGUGGAUCAAGAACAUGGAGGAGCCUCGGGGCCUGCGGGUGACGUCGGCGGAGGCGGCGGAGGCGCUGGGGGUGCUGGUGGCCGCCGCCCCCCUGGGGCACCCGGUGCUGCUGCAGGACGUCCCCGAGGAGCUGGAGCCCGGCCUGCGCCCCGCCCUGGCGGCCCCCCGCCCCGGCCCCGACGGGCGCCUGCUGCUGAGCCUGGGCGAGGACAGCGUGGAGUGUCACCCGGACUUCCGCCUGUACCUGGCCACCAAGCUCCCGAACCCCCACUUCUCCCCGGAGACCGUCGCCCGCACCACCGUGGUCAACUUCGCCCUGCUCGAGGAGGGCCUGGAGGCGCAGCUGCUGGCCAUGGUGGUGCGGGAGGAGCGCCCCGAGCUGGAGCAGCAGAAGGACGCGCUGGUGGUGGCCAUCGCCGCCGGCAAGGCCCGCCUCGCCGAGCUGGAGGACCAGAUCCUGCGGCUGCUGGACGAGGCGGCCGGCUCGCUGCUGGAGGACGCGCAGCUGGUGACGGCGCUGCGGCGCUCCAAGGCCACCGCCGCCGAGGUGGCCGAGCGCCUGGGCGGCAGCCAGAGCACCGAGGUCGGCAUCGACCGGGCCCGCGAGGCCUACCGGCCCUGCGCCCGGCGCGCCGCCCUGCUCUUCUUCGCGCUGGCCGACCUGGCGCGCCUGGAGCCCGUCUACCAGUUCUCGCUGGACGCCUACGUGGAGCUCUUCGGCCGCAGCCUGCGCGGGGGCCCCCGGGGCGGCCGCCUGGACGAGCGUCUCCGCGCCCUCGACCAGCGCCACACCUACGCCGUCUACAGGUUCGGCUGCCAGGGCCUCUUCGAGCGCCACAAGCUGCUCUUCAGCUUCCACCUCUGCACCCGCCUCCUGGCCGCCGCCGGCCGCCUCCGCCCCGACGAGUUCGCCUUCCUCCUGCGCCGCGACGGCCGCACCGUGGGGCCGGGGCGGGCGGAGCGGAGGGACAACCCCUGCCCCGGGUGGCUGUCGGCGGGCGCCUGGGAGCGCGCGGCGGCGCUGGACGAGGUGCCGCACUUCCGCGGCCUGGGCCGCUCCCUGGAGCUGCAGCCGCGCGACUGGCACCGCUGGUACCGCAGCGCCCGCCCCGAGGCCGCCCCGCUGCCCGGCGGGUGGCAGGACUCGUGCACCCAGCUGCAGCGGCUGCUGCUGCUGCGCUCGCUGCGUCCCGACCGCCUGGGCGCCGCCAUCGCCGCCUUCGUCGUCGCCACCCUGGGCUCCGAGUUCGUGGAGCCGCCGCCCCUCGACCUGCCGGCGGCGCUGGCGGCGGCGGGGCCGCGGCGGCCGCUGCUGCUGCUGCUGGCGCCGGGGGCGGAGGCCGAGGGGCCGCUGGGGCGGCUGGCGGGGGCCCCCGGGGCCCCCCCGUUGCUGCGUCUCCCGCCGGGGCCCGGCGACGAGGCCGCCGCCGCCAGCCUGCUGCGCCGGGGCCAGCGCGACGGCUCGUGGGUGCUGGUGGCGGAGGGGCAGCUGGCGCCGGGGGCCCUGGGGUGCGGGUGUUGGGUGACCCCAGGGCGCGGGUGUUGGGGGACCCGGGCCACGGGUGUUCAGGGACCUGGGGUUCGGGUGUUGGAGGACCCCGGGGCACAGGGCUCGUGGGUGCUGGUGGCGGAGGGGCAGCUGGCGCCGGGGGCCCUGGGGCGCCUGGCAGCACUGCUGGAGCCGGGCCCCGGCCCCCCGCCCGCCGCCGCCUUCCGCCUCUGCCUCUGCGCCCGCCCCGCGCCCGCCCCGCCGCUGCCCCUGCCCCUGCUCCAGGCCGCCCUCAAGGUCACCGUCGAGCCCCCCAUGUCCCUGUCCCCAGGGCCGGUUGCCGUGGCCACACCACGUGCCCUGUCCCCAUCCCUGUGCCCGUGGCUGGUCCCCGUGCCCGUGCCCUGUCCCCUGUCCCCAUGCCCCGUCCCCGUCCCCGCGCCCCGCGCCGGCCGGCGUGGCGGUGCCGAGGCUGACGGGGGGCGGCAGGGGCUGCGGGCCACGGCGGAGCGGCUGCUGGCGGGGGCCUCGGAGGAGCUGCUGGCCGCCAGCCCCCACCCCGGCACCCACCGGCGCCUGCUCUUCGCCCUGUGCCUGCUGCACGGGCUGCUGCGCGAGCGGGCCCGCCUGGCCCCCCCGGGCUGGAGCCGCCCCUACGCCUUCGCCCACGCCGACUUCCAGGUGCCCGGAGGGGUUGGGGGGGUCCCGGGGGUCCCUGGGGGGCUCUGGGGGUCCCUGGGGGGGUCCCGGGGGGGCUCUGGGGGUCCCUGGGGGUCCCUGGGGGUCCCUGGGGGGCUCUGGGGGUCCCUGGGGGUCCCUGGGGGGCUGCUGCGCGAGCGGGCCCGCCUGGCCCCCCCGGGCUGGAGCCGCCCCUACGCCUUCGCCCACGCCGACUUCCAGGCGGGGGAGCAGCUGCUGGCGCUGGGGCUGGCGGAGGCGGGGGGGCCGCCGGGGGGGGCGGCGCUGCAGGGGCUGGUGGCGGCGGGGGCCUACGGGGGCCGCGUGGCCGACGCCUGGGACCGCCGCCUGCUGCUGGCCCUGGCCGCCCAGCUCCUGGGGCCCCCCCCGCCCGCCCCCGGCGCACGGCUGCUGGAGGCGGAGGGCUACGCGGUGCCGGGCGACGGGCCGCUGAGCGCCUACCGGGCCCGCGCGGGGCUGCUGCCGGGCCGCGACCCCCCCGCCGCCCUGGGGCUGCACCCCAACGCCGCCGUGGCCCCCCGCGCCGCCGCCGCCGCCCGCCUCUGCGCCGGCCUGCGCGCCCUGCGCCGCCCCCCCGCCGGCCACGACCCCCCCGCCGGGCGCCACGACGCGGUGCUGGAGGUGGCGGCGGAGGCGCUGGCGCGGCUGCCCCCCGCCCUCGACUGCCCCGGCACCGAGGCGGCCAUGGCCGCCGACCCCUCGGCCCUCACCGCCGUGCUGCGGCAGGAGCUGCGCCGCUACCGCGCCCUGCUCGCCACCGUCAGGGCCUCGCUGGAGGGGCUGCAGCGGGCGCUGCGGGGGCAGGAGCUGAUGUCGCCCGAGCUGGAGGAGACCGUGGAGCACCUGGAGCAGGGGCGGGUGCCGCCACCGUGGGGCAGGACGUACCCCUCGCGGAAGCCCCUCGGCUCGUGGCUGGAGGACCUGGGGGGGCGCCUGGCGCAGGUGGGGCGCUGGGCGGCCACGGCCCGGCCCCCCCCCCGCCUCUGGCUGGGGGGCUUCACCGCCCCCCCCGCCCUGCUGGGCGCCCUGCUGCAGGAGGCCGCCCGCCGCACCCAGGUCCCGCUGGACUCGCUGUCGUGGGACUUCAGCGUCGCCACCGUGGACGACAGCAACCUGGUCUACGCCCCCGAGGAGGGCGCCUGGGUGCAGGGGCUGCUGCUGGAGGGGGCGGGCUGGGACCGGCGCGGCGGCUGCCUGGUGGACGCGGAGCCCCUGGAGCUGGUGACCCCCCUGCCCUGCGUCCUCUUCCGGCCCGUGGAGGCCCGCAGGAGGAGCCCCCGAGGGCUGUACUCGUGCCCCUGCUACCUGCACCCGGGGCGGGAGGGCGACGGCGGCCGCUCGGCCUUCGUGGUGGCCGUGGAGCUGCGCGCCGGCGCCCCGGGAGCCGCGCACUGGGUCCGCCGCGGGGCCGCCCUGCUGCUCGCCCUCGACACGUGACGCGCCCCGACACGCCUCGACACGCGUGUAGCCGCGCCGAGCACGCCCGCGCCCGCCGGGCCCGCCCUCGACGCCGAACACGUGUGUACCCGCACACGCGUGUGCUCCUCCUCCCGCACACGCGUGUUCUCCUGCCCUGCACACGCGUCUCUUCCUGCUCCGCACACGCGUGUGCUCCUCCUCCCGCACACGCGUGUUCUCCUGCCCUGCACACGCGUCUCUUCCUGCUCUGCACACGCAUGUGCUCCUCCCCCACCUGCACACGCGUGUUCUUCUCCCCUGCACACGCGUCUCUUCCUGCUCCGCACACGCAUGUGCUCCUCCCCCACCUGCACACGCGUGUUCUCCUGCCCUGCACACGCGUCUCUUCCUGCUCCGCACACGCAUGUGCUCCUCCCCCACCUGCACACGCGUGUUCUUCUCCCCUGCACACGCGUCUCUUCCUGCUCCACACACGCAUGUGCUCCUCCCCCACCUGCACACGCGUGUUCUUCUCUCCUGCACACGCGUCUCUUCCUGCUCCGCACACGCAUGUGCUCCUCCUCCUGCACGCGUGCGUUCUCCUCCUGCCACCCCACACAUCAUCUCCUCCCGCCCCACACACGCAUGUUCCCCGCGCACACGCGUGUCCUCCUGCCCCACACAUGCAUGUGCUCUUCCCCCACCCUGCACACGCGUGUCCCCCGCCCCACACAUACGCGUGCUCCUCCUGCCCUGCACACGUGUGUCCCGCCCCCGCUCUGCACACGCGUGUUCUCCCAUCACCCCACACAUCCAUCUCCUCCCGCCCCGCACACGCGUGUUCCCCUGCCCCGCACACGCAUGUUCUCCCCCCGCACACACGUGUUUCCCCCCCCAAUAAAGCCGCUCUGUUGCCA